AUUACAGUCAAGGAUGAUAUAUUACCCGGAGGCAUACCAGUAAAUGCUGGCGAUAUGAUAUUAUGGGCUCCAUAUAGAAUGGGUAGAGACGAGCACAUCUGGGGUGAAGAUGCUAAUGAAUUUAAACCAGAACGAUUCUUAAAAUCCGGUGAAUUUAUUAGGCCAACUUCGUUUAAGCAUCCUGUUUUCAAUGCUGGACCACGAAUAUGUCCUGGGCAGGAAUUUGCAACAAUCGAAGUGAUAAUUCUAAUAACAACGAUGCUCAAAAACUAUCGUUUUGAGCUGUUGACUAAUGAAAAAAAGGUUAAAUAUUCAAAAUCGAUUUUCUUGCAAAUGAAGCAUCCAUUGAUGGUCAAAGUUACUAAACGCGAAGUAUCGGUGUCUUAA